GACGGCCCAACAUGGCGACCAGUGUUCUCUCGGCGUUACUCUGCCAACUGUAAUCUGGAUUUGGGACCUCUUUUCCUGUAGAUUCGGCUCCCACUGAGAAAGAGGAAGAGAAGGCACGAGGAAUGGAGGAACAACAGCUUUUUGUAAUUUCUCCUGAUGGAGAUGGAGAACUGACCCUGAUGGAUACAGAAGGUGGCAUUUUGGUGGAGCAAGGGACCUAUUCCUUCACCAUACCUUCAGGUGGUCAGCAACAGCAGCAACAGCCACAGCAGCCACAGCAGCAAGUAGUCUAUGCUCAGCCACAACAGGUUGUGUAUACAACACCACAGCAGCGAGUGGUUUACUCACAGCAGCAGCAGCAACAGGUGUACCAGGUUGCUCCAACACAUUCUCAGCAGGUUCUCAUACAGCAACAGCAGAUAGCACAACAACAACAACAACAGCAGCAGCAACAACAACAACAACAACAGCAGCAAUUACUACAACAGCAGCAGCAGCAGCAACAGGUUCAGCACCAUUACAUCACACAACAAGGCCAAAGGGUUAUCAGCAGAACACAGUAUGUUGGUCCAGAGCAGUUAAGACUCCAGCAACAACAGCAGCAACAGGUACAGGUGCAGCAGCAGCAAGUACAAGUUCAGCAGCAGCAGCAAGUACAGGUGCAACAGCAGGUACAGGUGCAACAGCAGCAGCAACAGCAGCAGGUGCAGGUACAACAGCAGCAGAUGGCUCUGCAGACUCAGCCUCAGAUAGUCCAGACUGGGGCAGUUGGAACUGGUCAGCUGCAGCAUCAACUUGUGCAACCGCAACAGCUCCUCCAGUCGGCCCAACAACCCUCCCAGGUCACCUAUCUUGAGCAGACAAUCAAAGAUGACAAAGGGUUGAUGCACAUAGUGCGUACCCCAAUAAACAUGAGCAACAUGCACCCUCAGUCCCCAGCUCAGGUGGGUGGACAGCCUGCUCUGACCCAGUCCACACCAUUGCUUUCCCCCCACACACCUCAGCAUGCUGCCCCCAUGUUGCCUGGGCUGGGGAUCCGUGCUGGCACACCCCAGACUUCUCUUGCAUUGCCCCGAGGUCAAGGCCCAAGACUUCAGCGUAAUAACUUACGACCCGCUACCCCCACCCUCCACCAACAACCCCAGCAGCAAGAUGAACAACAAGCCUCAUUCCAGGAGCAUUAUCUAAAACAACUGGAGAACAAGAUAACCACUCAGCAGAAGGGUGUUGGACGAGGCAAGGUAAUCAGGCCCUCUGCAGAAAAACGCAAGAUGCUCUCACAGCAACUUGGGAACCCACAACAACAACAACAGCAACAGAAACAGCAGGGCUUAGUAAGUCGGCCAGGUCAGGCCAUGGUCCAACGUGGGACAGGUGUGGUUGGCCCAGUGAACCAGUCUCCCCAGGUUCAGCAGCAGCAGCAGCAGCAGCAGCAGCAGCAGCAACAACAGCAGCAGCAGCAACAACAACAACAACAACAACAACAACAACAACAACAACAACAACAACAACAGCAGCAGCAACAGCAACAACAGCAACAGCAACAGCAACAACAGCAGCAGAUAUUGGUCCAGAGCACAACCCCAUCCAAGAAGUUGUCAUUGUCUCAGUAUAGACAGAGGAGGUCUCAUGAUCUCAGCAGGGAACUGCAGCAACAGCCACAGCCGCAGUCACAACUGCAGCCACAGCCACAGCCACAGCCACAGCCACAGCCACAGCCACAGCCACAGCUACACCAACAACAACAGCCACAGCAACCACUACAAGCACAGAAACUACAGGUUCAGCAGGGAACCACAAAUGAUGAAGUGAGAAUACCCCUGUCAACAAAUAACACGCUUAAUGAGCAAUACUAUUAUGUGCAGCGGGCAGAUGGUAGUAGGAUAUUAGCAGUUGUGUCAUUAAAUCAAGGAGCUUCAAAUACUACAGCACAACAGUCCUCUACAAGUACUGUCACAACAAUGGCAGGUUCACAAACGCCGCACAUGAGUUCAGCCACAGUCGGUGCCAACUCUGUGUCUAAGGCAAAGCCUGAGGAAGGACUGAUUCUUAAUAGCAGUACUGUAGCAAAGUCUACAAGUCUGCAAGUAGCCCCAACAAAUUCUUCCAGAGUCGUAUCUCCCAGCAACCCUCCAGUGUCCAUAGCUGCCAAAACCCCUCCGCUCCAGGAACAAACUGUCCACUCUACUGUUUCAACAGAGCAGACGGACACAGAAGGGAGUGGAAAACGGCGGUUUAUCAAGGGCCGGGUAGCAGUGUGUAGCAAUUGUGGCAUCCUGAGUGAAGACCUCCUAACGUGCCAAAGGUGUAAUCACAGGACAGACACAGCACGCACCCUGGCUCAGUCGACCAUCACCACCUCAGGGAAGAGCUCAACAGCUGAUUCUACAGUAGUGGGAGGAAGGGGUGUUGGCUUCUCAAACAUGCAUAUAAUGAAGCAGGUAAAUGUCUCUUUGGGUGUCCAGUUUGGAGGUAAAUGUUUAACCUUUGAAUUCUAGAAAGAACAAUUACAUUUCAUCUUUUACUAGGGGCACAUUUACUGUUUGUUUGAAGAGCUUGAUUUUGCACUCUAGAAAAUAUGCCUUGUGCUCCUUUAUGAAAUAAUUACCAAAUAGUGGAACUUCUAAGUUGGAAGGAAACUGGGAAACUAAGAGCAUAAAAAAAGCAUAUGAUGUAAUAAGAUUUUUUGUUCAUCAUUCAUAUAGUAAUAAAUCUACUAAAUCCUAUAUGUAUAUGAGUGUAUAAUACAUAGUAAAAAACAAAGUAACGUAUUGAUUAGCUCACCACCGCUGGAAGGUGACUGAAUGAAGUGAGAGCAGGGGGCCCAAGGGAUUGGCCAGGACACGGAGUGGGUGCAGUAGUCCUUGUCCUGUGUGUCUGGGUGACACACAGGAGACAGCCCACUGGAAUAGGAGGAGGUAUAGAGAUGGGGGUGGGGGGAGAUGGCAGUCUAGGACCUAGAAGCUAAAAGAAAAAAUGCUAAAGAAUAAAUAUAAUAUACAAUUCUAUCCUCAUGAGGUAAUAAAGGUGGGAAAACAGCCUGCAAGUUUCUAAACUAUUAGUGAUAAAUACACACAACACAUAACAUGCACACACAUCAUAUGACAUACCCACAUAACACAACAUAAACACACAUCACAUGACAUACACACACCAAUUGACAUAUACACACAUC